AUGGGAUACUCAGACCUCGACUGGAAGGCCAUCAACACCAUCCGGCUGCUUGCGGUCGAUGCCACCAUCAAGGCGAACAGCGGCCACCCGGGUGCGCCUAUGGGCCUGGCCCCUGCCGCCCAUGUCUUGUUCAACAAGUUCAUGACCUUCAACCCGAAGAACCCUGAUUUCAUCAACCGCGAUCGAUUCGUUCUCUCGAACGGACACGGUUGCAUGUUGCACUAUGCUCUUCUCCAUCUGUUUGGCUACGCAGUGUCCCUGGACGAUCUCAAGAACUUCCGACAAAUCGACAGCAUCACUCCGGGCCAUCCCGAAGCCCAUGACACUCCUGGAAUUGAGGUGACAACAGGCCCUCUUGGCCAGGGUAUCUCCAACGCAGUGGGUUUGGCCAUUGCUCAAGCACACACGGGUGCUGUGUUCAACAAGCCCGGUUACGAACUGAUCAACAACUACACCUACUGCUUUUUCGGCGAUGGCUGUGCAAUGGAAGGUGUUGCCAGUGAAGCCGCCUCAACGGCUGGUCAUCUUCAACUCGGAAACUUGAUCUGCCUUUACGACGAUAACCACAUUUCCAUCGAUGGCGACACCAAAGUCGCUUUCACUGAGGACGUUGACAAGCGAUUCGAGGCCUACGGCUGGCAUGUACAGCACGUUCCCGAUGCUGAUCACGAUCUCGAAGGCAUUGAAGCGGCCAUCAAGAAGGCACAGGAGGUCAAGGACAAGCCUUCUAUGAUCAAGCUGACAACCACCAUUGGUUUUGGUUCGAAGCUCCAAGGCACUGGUGGCGUCCACGGCAACCCCCUCAAGACCGAUGAUGCCAAACAAGUCAAGGCCAAGUUUGGUUUCAACCCCGAAGAAUCAUUCGUCGUGCCUCAAGAGGUAUACGACCUGUACAAAAAGCACGCCGCCGAAGGUGCAGCUGCCGAACAAGCCUGGAAUGAACUGUUCAAGAAGUACGCUACUGAAUACAAGGAGCUGGCAGAUGACUUCAGCCGCCGUCUCACCAAGAAACUCCCUGAAGGAUGGGCUAAGAGCCUGCCAGUCUGGAAGCCAACAGACGCUGCUAAUGCCACCCGUAAGACCUCAGAGGCUGUCUUGGAGCAUAUCCACAGUGCUGUGCCCGAGCUCCUCUCCGGCUCGGCCGAUUUGACUGGUAGCAACAACACCCGAUGGAAGAACGCUGUUGAUUUCCAACCCCCGUCCCUCGGCAUUGGUGACUGGACUGGCAGAUAUCUUCGAUAUGGUGUACGAGAGCACGGUAUGGGAGCGAUCAUGAACGGUAUCUCUGCCUACGGUACCUUGAUCCCUGCAGGAGGUACAUUCUUGAACUUUGUUUCGUACGCCGCUGGUGCUGUUCGCCUGUCUUCUCUGUCACACCAACGGGUCAUUUGGGUCGCAACUCACGACUCUAUCGGCCUUGGUGAAGACGGACCAACCCAUCAGCCUAUUGAGACUCUGGUUCACUUCCGAGCUCUCCCCAACAUGAUGGUGUGGAGACCAGCCGAUGGCAAUGAGACCUCUGCCGCCUACUACAUGGCUCUCACCUCCACUGGGACCCCGUCUAUCCUUGCCUUGACGAGACAGAACCUGCCUCAGCUCGAGAAUUCGACCAUCGAGAACGGUAUCAAGGGUGGCUAUGUCGCCGUUGAAGCAGAAAACGCCGAUGUCACACUAGUCUCCACGGGCUCUGAAGUGUCCAUCUGCAUUGAAGCCAUCAAGGUGCUCAAGGAUCAGUACAAUCUCACUUGCCGUGUCGUCUCCAUGCCCUGUACCGAGGUGUUUGACGCGCAGCCAAAGGAGUAUCAACUCAAAGUUCUGCCAGACGGCAUCCCCACCAUGUCCGUUGAGGUCAUGUCUACCCUUGGUUGGGAGAAAUACUCACACGAACAAUUUGGCCUCAACCGAUUUGGUGCUUCAGGACCGUACAAGGAGGUGUAUAAGAAAUUCGAAUUCACCCCAGAAGGAAUUGCCAAGCGCGCCUCCGCAACCGUUGAUUUCUACAAGGGCUUGAAGCCUAGGUCACCAAUCAACCGUGCUUUCCAACAACUCAUCUAG